CGUGUCUCUGAAAAUCCUCAUGUACUGUACUUCUAUACAGAAUACUUAGAGGUGGUUCGUGAUUCUCUUGCCACUGUGAGUGAAGACUGUAACACACAAAUCAAAGAAGCGCACCGAGAGCUCGACAUGUUAUUACUUCACCAAAUUGGUUGGCGGACCAUCACGACAGAAUUCAGACUCUGCACACCUUUGGAUGCACGGAUAGCAGAUGAUGUAUCAAAUAUGUUUUCUUUGCUGGCAGAGAAUAUUGAAGAUGUGGUACAAUAUAAUAAAGACAACCGAGCCUUUGAGGGAGUCAAGGGCACUAACAUCACCAUUGACACAAUAUGUGGCAUAAUGAUGAAUGAAGAUGAAGAGCCUAUUGACAGAUAUGCAGACGUCAACUCAAUGAUUUUGGAUGUGUAUGGGAAGCCAUGUCUAGAGCACACAUACCAUGCCAUGAUAGAGGAACUGCAAGCCACCAGUUGGGAAAACAAUGAAUCUGUUGGGGGUCGAGCGUGGAUGUAUCAAACGUGUACAGAGUAUGGGUUCUAUCAGAGUUCAGACUCGGAAAACCAACCAUUUGGAGACAAGUUUCCCAUUGAGUUCUUCAUUAAGCAGUGUGAAGAUAUCUAUGGACCAAAGUUUAACCUGAGUCUCCUAGAAGCUGGUGUUAAGAGAACAAACACAAUCUUUGGAGGACGGGACCUGAAAGUGACUAGAGUUGUUUUCCCCAAUGGCUCUAUUGAUCCCUGGCAUGCCCUUGGGAUUACUUCCGAUAUCAGCAAUGAUGCCACUGCCAUCUAUAUAAAUGGAACUGCCCACUGUGCCAAUGAGUACCCAGACUCCCCAGACGAUCCAUCUCAGUUGACAGCUGCCAGGGAGGAGGUAUACCAACUCAUUACCCAGUGGCUUAAUGAGGAAUGAAGUGCCACUCAUCUUCAAUUUUAAUUAUUGCCACUUAAUGGAUGUGGUAUAGGUUACAAAAACCUAAUGUUAACACUAAGUUUUACCUUUGCAUUUAAUACUUGCAGUUAAGUUUUUGGUAAAUGAAAAUUUAUAUUAAUGUGAAAUUGCACUUUACUAAUUGGACUGUAUUGUGUUUAAAUCUCUUCAGUAUUAUUCAUAAUAACCUGGACUAUAUUGAAUUUUAAAGUUUGUUAAGGUUUUUAAAUAAAAUAAGUUGACUUUACCUGAAUUAACUAAACUUUAUCUCUACUUAAAAUUUAUACUCGUACAGUAUUUCAGAUUUUAGCUGUCCUUCAGUACACCAGCAAAUAUCAUACAAAGUUCAGAAGUUUAAUAAACAAAUUUAUUUAUUCAAAAGACAGGUGUUUCAUUAAUCACUGUUGUACCUAUUAAGGCAUUCUGAAAUUAUGGACAACAGUUAUUAAAUUUCCAGAUUUGU